UAUCGUACUCCACCCUCGUUGGUAUGUGUCAGACACUGAACGAACCAACUUCCUUGUCCCAAUCAACACCAACCUCCAACUCAAACCCAUAAAAAAAAAAUACUUUUAAUUUUUUUUUCAUGUUAUUUUCUAAUUUUCUAUUGGAGUAAAAGCUGUGGCAAUGGCAUGGUUGGCAUGAAGGGCGAAAGAGGUGAUAGAGGUUCUAUGGUGUUUCACUUUCCUCUUCACAAUUCAGUGUUGCCAUUCUCUUUUCUUUUCUGGUGUGAAGCUUUUGUUUUGGGUUUUUUAUGCUAGGUUGGAAAUUGGAGCUUGUUCUUGUCCUCACAGUGAACCGUAGCUUGAGCUGGGUCAAGGUUAAAAUUUCAAAAAGAUUCUGGGAUUGAAUAUAUGUUAUCCAAACGCUAAAGAAUCAGUAGAAGGUUUUGAUUGGAAACAAAGGAAGAUCUCAGUCAAAUGGAAGAUGAUGAGUUGGUGACAACUGGGAGCAAAUCUGAAGAUGAAAAGCUUGAUUCAUCUUCUUCUGAGGCAGAGGAUUUGCAGGAAAGUUUGGAGCUGAAAUCAUCGGAAGUUAGUUCUUUGCCGCCAAUAGGUUUGGACCAUUUCAUCACAGAGCCUGUUGGAACUGCAAGGAACCUGCUUGUUGCUGACCAUGAGAUUAUGUUUUCUGAAUCAAUGAUGGAGAAAUGGGGGUCUCAAAGGCAAGACCUAAUAUUGGACAGGCUGUCGGAGUGUGAUAAGGUAGACACAGGUGUUGUAUCAUCUAAAGCUGAUUAACUUAGUGAAGAUACAAAAUGAUGGGACUGUUGAAGUUGAUCUAGAAAAAAGUGGACCAAUUGCAUCAGAAUUGUUGGAACUCCAAUCUUUUGAAGAGUCGACAAUAAGUGGAUCUCUCGUCUCUGAAUCAACAAAGGCAGCUCCCUGCUUAGAAAUUGUCAUGCUUGUGGUUGGAACUCGAGGCGAUGUGCAACCUUUCCUGGCCAUUGCAAAAAAACUUCAGGAGUAUGGUCAUCGUGUUAGGCUGGCAACUCAUGCUGAUUUUGAAACAUUCGUAAAGUCUGCUGGUGUUGAUUUCUAUCCUUUGCAUGGUGAUCCUCGUGCUUUGGCAGGAUAUAUGGCGAGGAAUAAAGGUUUACUCCCAUCUGGUCCAACUGAAGUAUCCAUCCAAAGAAAGCAGCUGAAGGCCAUUAUUGAUUCUCUUCUUCCAGCUUGCAUAGCACCUGAUUUGGAAACUGGUGUUCCUUUCAGAGCUGAGGCUAUUAUUGCCAAUCCUACUGCUUAUGGACAUGCACAUGUUGCUGAAGCCCUUGGGGUGCCCCUUCACAUCUUCUUCACGAUGCCAUGGACGCCAACAUAUGAGUUCCCACACCCUUUGGCACGUGUUCCUCAAAGUGCUGGUUAUUGGCUGUCAUACAUAAUUGUGGAUCUACUGAUAUGGUGGGGCAUAGGAGGAAUUAUCAAUGACUUCAGGAAAAGAAAAUUGAAGCUUGCUCCUAUUGCAUACUUCAGUAUGUUCCAUGGAUCAAUAUCUCAUUUACCAACUAGCUAUAUGUGGAGUCCUCAUGUUGUUCCAAAGCCAAAUGACUGGGGCCCUUCAGUUGACGUUGUUGGUUAUUGUUUCUUGAACCUUGAAUCAAAGUACCAACCGCAAGAAGAUUUUGUCCAAUGGAUUAAAAAUGGACCUAAACCUUUCUAUUUUGGGUUUGGGAGCAUGCCUCUUGAUGAUCCUCAAAGAACUACUAAUGUUAUAGUGGAGGCACUGAAGGAUACAGGACAACGGGGAAUUAUAGACCGGGGCUGGGGAAAUCUAGGGAACUUGGCAGAAGUUCCCAACUAUGUUUUCCUUCUAGAGGAAUGCCCUCAUGACUGGUUGUUUCCUCAAUGUUCUGCUUUGGUGCAUCAUGGUGGUGCCGGAACAACGGCUACAGGACUAAAGGCUGGGUGUCCAACAACCGUGGUUCCAUUCUUUGGAGAUCAGUUCUUUUGGGGAGAUAGAAUAUAUCAGAAAGGGUUGGGACCUGCUCCAAUUCCAAUAUCUCAGCUGAGUCUUGAGAAAUUAACAAAUGCCAUAAAAUUCAUGCUCCAGCCAGAGGUAAAAUCUCGAGCAAUGGAAAUUGCUAAGUUGAUUGAGAAUGAAGAUGGUGUUACUGCAGCAGUUGAUGCAUUUCACCGCCAUCUACCUCCUGAAUUACCACUACCAACUCCAUCUCCAAUGGAGGAGGACUGUGCAAAUCCUUUGGGCUGGUUUUUCCUCCUACUUGCAAAGUGGUGCUGUUUACCUUGUGGGGGUGUAUAGGUACACCCCGGUUGGCUUAAGUAUAUUCUUUUUUUCUUUUAUUCUUUGCAUAAUUUUAUUUUAGGAGCUUUCCAUUUUAUUCAGACUGGUGGCAUUGUUUUGCUUAGUAUUCCAUUCAUUUCAGUCAAGUCUCUUUUGUGAGGUUUUGACUUGGUAAAUAUUCAAGUUGUGCGUCCCACCACCCAAAGCUGUUUGUAUAAGUGGUUCUAUGUUGUGAGAUAGAUUAAGAGUUGAGGGCACUUGUUAUGAAAAGAGUUAGGUUACUUUCAUCUUCAUUGUUUAUGCUUAGCCUAAAAAUGGUUGCUAACUAGUUGUCACAUAUUAGUUGUGACAUUAUCUGAUGGUAGUCCUAUUACAAUAAUUAAAUCAAAAUAAUAAAAGGGCUUCU